AAUCCGGAAGUGUGUCUCACGCCACUGUUGUUGAAAGGUUUUGAAAGAAGUGGCGAGCGUCUUGUCAAAGAAUCGGUAUUUUUCUACAGAAGUGCUCUCAACAAGAUGGGGGUAACCUGUGUGUGCCAGGUUCCAGUGGCGGAGGGGAAGAGUGUGCAGCAGACUGUGGACAUGCUGCACAAGAAACUUGAACAGCUGGGUUCAGUAAAGCAAGGCAGUUUCUGGGUGGACUGUGAGACCUACCAUGCUACUGGUAACUCAGGCGGUCAGACAUCCAAGCUGCUGUACCUCAUGCACAACUCUGAGACGCCCCUCAGCUGCAUGGCCCUGUUUGAGGGCGGGCCCUACCUCACAGCCGACGUCAACUUCGACGUACUCAUGCUGAAGCUCAAGAGCCACUUCCAGAACGCCAAGGGCCACAAGGUGGAGAGCAGGGGGGCCCGCUACCGCUACUGUGACUUCCUGGUGAAAGUGGGGACCGUUACCAUGAGCUCCAGUGCGAGGGGCAUCUCAGUGGAGGUGGAGUACUGUGCCUGCGUGGUCCCAGGAGACUGCUGGAAUCUCAUGAAGGAAUUCAUGCAAAGUUUCUUGGGGGCGAACGUUCCAGAACUGCCCUCUGUCUUCACCUCCAAACCUGAAGGACUGUACGCCCCUUCAGACUGCAUGGAUACCAUGUCCCAGUAUCUUGAACUUUUCAGCAAAGUCCGAAAACAAGUGAAUCCAGGUGCAAGUGUACGCUAAGAGCCAGGGCUUCUGGUUGCCUUGGCGAGCCCCAGCGCAAAGACAUCUUAAAGGGCCACCAAACCUGUACAUGCCAAUGUAAUGAGGACCAAAGUUUCCCCCCCCCCUCUGUGGGCCUGGGACAACCGGUUUCCCUCCCAUCAGCUUCCCUGCUAAGAGUAUCCGCUCUGCUAUUUUUUUUAAAAAGCGGAACUGACUUCCAACACUGAAGAAGCUGUUGCAUUUGUGUGCCUGUUUGUUUGAGGCCUUUUUUAUCUACUUGGAGACUUCAUGAAUGACUCAUUACACAUUUUUUUACGUGAACUUGUAUUCCAAAGCAUGAUGAUGCAAAAAAUACAUAAGCAAUGCAAUAUAGAUCAUGCAUAGUUGGUGUAGUGUAUGUUUUGUGCAUUUUUCUUGUCUUGACUUUGGUUUAGCAAAUAUGCUUUCUGAAUAUUAAUUUGUUUUCCCAGGAAAUCGCUGUCUGUGGGUUUGUCGCCCAAUUAAAACAAAAAAGCACAUA